AAAACCCUCCGCCACUUUGUGAUCGGACAGUCUGACAGGAGGGGAUUAGACCAGGACGGAGCGUUGCAUCACCAGCUCUGCGUUUAUUACCCACUGAGGAAGGCACGCGGGCAGCGGAGGAGAGAGCAGCGCGUGAGGAUCUGUCUCAGCUCUUCGUUGUAACGGAUCGCUCGGCUCGAGAUCUCAGACGAGCUGGGAAUCAUUGGGGGAAUCGCUGCUGAAGGCCGUCUGUAGCUUCUGGAAUAAAUCCCCAUUGUCCAAGUCAUGGAUCCGGCGCCGGCCGAGAUGAACGCACUUCCUAAUGGGAAAGGGCAUGAAGAAGGAGCCGAGACGACGGCCACGCCUACCUCGAUCAAAUCCCAAUCAGACGACACGGCUCAGGAACUCGUGCCUAAUAGUACAGAAAACUCCAGUCACAGCAGAGCUACAAGAGACACUGAAGGCACCACGGCCGAGAGUUCAGAGUUCCUCUCUAACGGCGACGAUAAGAAACCGCCGCGAUUCACAGACUUUGAAGGAAAGACUUCGUUUGGGAUGUCAGUCUUCAACCUGGGAAACGCCAUCAUGGGGAGUGGAAUUCUGGGAUUGGCGUACGCCAUGGCGAACACCGGCAUCGUCAUGUUUCUGUUCCUCCUGACGGCUGUGGCGUGUCUCUCGGCCUACUCCAUCCACCUGCUGCUCAAGGCCUCGGGCGUCGUCGGUAUCCGUGCAUAUGAGCAGCUGGGUUUUCGAGCGUUCGGUACGCCAGGCAAAAUGGCCGCCGGCAUCGCGAUCACGCUGCAGAAUAUCGGAGCCAUGUCCAGCUAUUUGUAUAUAGUGAAGUAUGAAUUUCCUCUGGUGAUUCAGGCCUUUCUCAGGGUGGACACACCAUCUGAGGAAUGGUAUCUGAACGGUAAUUACCUGGUGGUGAUCGUGUCCGUCUGCGUCAUUCUACCUCUGGCUCUGAUGAAGCAGCUGGGCUAUCUGGGCUACACCAGUGGGUUUUCUCUCAGCUGCAUGGUCUUCUUCCUUAUCGCAGUGAUUUAUAAGAAGUUCCACGUGUCGUGUCCCUUCACCGACUUCUCCUCCUCCAAUCGGACGGCGGGGUUAAACAGCAGCGGCGUGGUGGUGGAGCACAGCGGGGUCACCAUGACUCCUGAGGACGAUCCCUCCUGCACCCCUCGCAUGUUCAACCUCAACAUACAGACAGCCUACACCAUUCCCAUCCUGGCGUUUGCGUUCGUGUGCCACCCGGAGGUGCUGCCGAUUUACACCGAACUGCGCAACCCCACCAAGAAAAAGAUGCAGCAUGUGUCCAACAUCUCCAUCGCUGUCAUGUACGUCAUGUAUUUCCUGGCUGCGCUGUUCGGAUAUCUGACCUUCUACGAUAAGGUGGAGGCUGAGCUGUUGCACACCUACAGCAAGAUCGACCCGUACGACACACUGAUCCUGUGUGUGCGCGUGGCCGUACUGACCGCUGUCACACUCACCGUACCCAUUGUACUGUUCCCCGUGAGGCGAGCCAUCCAGCAGCUCUUCUUCCCCAACAAGACGUUCUGGUGGCCGAGACACAUCGCCAUCGCCAUCCUCCUCCUCACCACCAUCAACCUGCUCGUCAUCUUCGCCCCCAACAUCCUCGGCAUCUUCGGGGUCAUAGGUGCUACAUCUGCUCCGUGUCUCAUCUUCAUCUUCCCAGCUGUGUUCUACAUCCGCAUCGUUCCCAAAGAGGAGGAGCCUGUGCGCUCAGUGCCCAAAAUCCUGGCUGCCUGUUUCGCUGGUCUGGGUGUCCUGUUUAUGAUAAUGAGCCUGAGCUUCAUCAUCAUCGAUUGGACGUCAGGGAGCAGCAAAUCGAAUGGUGGUCAUUAGGCCACGCCCACAUGUGUUUUUUUUUCCUUUUUUUUUUUUUUACAUGUCUUCUGUGUGUGUGUGUGUGUGUGUGUGUGUGUGUGUCUGGUGUAAUCCUCUGCCAGGGCCUGUAGUGUGUGUGUGUGUGUGUGUGUGUGUGUGUGUGUGUGGGUGAUCUCUCAGUGAAACGUCAGCAUCAGUACAGCAAGUAUUACUUACCAAAUUUUUGUGCGUUUGUAUAUGUGUCUGUCUGUCAGGCAAAAUAACCCUGGAUGAUGACGAUGAUGAUGAUGACGAUGAUGAUGAUGAUGAUGAUGAUGAUGAUGAUGAUAAUGAUGACUCAGUAGUGAGAGCAGUGAUAUGUGGACUCACACACUUCCUGCUAGAUAAUAUUCUUGCAUUUUUCUCCCCUCAAACUGACCCUUAACACAAAUUUAAACUAAACCAGUCCAGUUUGCUACAUUGGCCUGAUUGUGACCUCUGCCCUUUGACCUUUGACCCCAGGUACAGAAAGACCUGGGGCCACCAAAGCAGGGUACUUAUUCAAGUUGAUAAGGAUUACCCCGAUGGGAGAGCUGUGUGUUUUCGAUAGUGUAGGUGCUUGUCCCUUUCGAUGACUUUCUCUCUCUCUCUCUUUCUCUCUCUCUCUCUCUGUCUCUCUCUCUCUCUCUCUCUUUCUUUCUCUGUCUCUCUCUCUCUCUUGAUGUGGCAAUAAUCUCUGCAACAACCGAGAAACACUGGAGUGAGAGGUCGUUGCCAUGACAGCGCCAUAUACAUAUAUAUAUAUAUAUAAGUAGAGCACAUUAACCCUGUGACACAAUAUGCAAACUGUAAAUAACCUGCAUCAGCAAUUUUUUUUAUAUGUAUGGAUUUAUGUAUAUAUCACAGAGUAUAUGGAUAAAUAUACAGCUAUAUGUGAUAGGGAUGUGUUUGAUAUCUGCCCAAGAGCACAUCGUUCCUGUAAUUUAAUCGCUCUAGAUUAUUAAAAAAAAAGGCACAUGAAAAACUGAGGAAGAACGAUCUACUGCAGAGCACAAACAGAAAACACAGAUUUUUUUUUUCUUUGACCCUAAGACUGAAUGUAAAGUUGGGAAAGGAGUGUAUACAGAAAGUACAAAGUAAAUAUAAAGAGCAAAUAAAAAAAAAAAAAAGUUUAACAUGCUAAACUGACAGGGUUUUCUCCUCCAGUGAAGACACGACAGGACUGUGUGAGAGGUGUAGGAGAGAGAGAGAGAGAGAGAGAGAGAGAGAGGAUAGGUAUACAGUAGAAAAACAUUCCAGGAUGGAUGAGUCGAGAGCUAUAACCUCGCUGCUGCAACCUUUUGCUCGCUCUUUCUAUAUCGAUUCCGUGUGUCGUUGUCACAUGCUCAUGCUCAUGAACUCACGGAGUCGUGGAGAUUUUCGCUCUGUCAAUCACGCAGACUUGAAGUGAUACAACUCCUAAAAAAAAACGCAUCACAGCGCAAAGAUCACACUGUGGUGUCUUAUACCACAGUGCUGUUGAAUUCUGGAUUGUGAUUGGUCAGCAGGUGUUGAUUACUUUUCUAUAACAGCAGCUCUGACACUUCACUAAUAAUAACCGGAUUGCAAAACGUGUAAUUGUUGAUAUGGUGAAGUUAACAUUUAAAUGUAAAUUUAACAUUUAUGGAAGGAGUCUCCAGUGUCAGCGCUCUGUAACAGUCAGAGGUAAAGCCGUAACUUUAUGUUUUUUGUCUUAAUAACUUAGAGAGAGAAAAAUUAGAGGCUGAUGAGGGAACGACUUUUUAUAGCUGCUGUAACAUUUACUCUAAAUGGAUAAAAAGUAUGACGUUCUUUUAUAAAUGAAAAAUUGUAGUCGUUGGAAAGUUGCUGUGGUGUAAGAGGAAUAAAACACUUUUGUACAUGCUGUUAUAGGAAAAGAAUCAACUUCAGGGUAGUAACAGUAACUCCGCUUCUUUACUCCACCUGGUCGUUGAUUAUUUUGCUAUAACAGCAUGACACGGAGUGUUUUAUUUCUUACGUAACAUGUAAGAGCCUGUCAGAUUCAACAGACCACUUAAUCUUGGUUUUGGGGGCGGGGCAUGUAGAGAUGGGAGUGUUUCUAAUUUGCAUAUUCAGAGAAUCUGGAUUGAUUGCUGAAAGGGGAAAAGUUCGGCGCAUUUUUUCGGUGUAAUGACAUUUUAUGGGGUUUUCAAUCAGGCUUUGGGUGCUACUAUGACAUCUUAAUAUUUCUGAAAACAGACAGGACAUGAUUUUACAAUAACUGUCAUACACUUAGGAGCAUAAUCCGUAUUCACUUCUCUUCUGGUUCGAAAUCUUCAGGUCGCAGCAACAUAAAGAACCAGAUGGUGUUUAACAAUAAGGCAAAUAGUUUGCUUCAGAUAAAUCGUUCUAAUCCUGAUCAAGUCACGGGAAUAAUUCUGGGAAUGAAUUUCAGAAUUAAAGCGAGUUAUUUAAUCAUGAGCAUGAUCGUUGGAUAACGACUGAACACAGUAGCUUUAGCACUUUCUGCUACAAAGCACAAUUUAGAGCCAUUAAAACACUUAACCUACUAUGGAGACCAACUAUAUGAUUAAAAAUCUAUAAUAUAUUUUAUAGGCAGAGUUCUACAGCCUUUGUACUACUAAAUGUUUGUAAGAAAGGUGUGUGUGUGUGUGUGUGUGUGUGAGUUUAACCUCUUGGAUAUAUAAUCUAUAUGCUCUAUAGAGUGCUGAAGGUGUAGUAUAACACUCAAUACAUAUGAGACGUGUGUGUAUUUACACCCGUGGUACUUUUUCACUAGUCGCUGUAGUCGUGUUCGGUGAUUAGACAGAUCAUUAGAUGGAUCGAAGUCUUAAACGUGUCUUUGUGUCCCGUGUCAGUGGUUUAAAUAUCCAAGCUGCUGGUGUGUGUGAGGUGAACAUACAGUCACACACUGCAAAAGCAAGAGGAAAUGUCUUGAAUAUGGACAAAUGUAUGUAAUAUUUCAUAUGAUCAUAUUAUUAUUAAUCAAAUAUUAGACUAUUAACCCUAUUUCUAGACAUUUUUUUUUAUUUCAAGCUUUAAUCUGUUGUUCUUAAUCUAUUGGCAGAUAAUUUUGAUUAUAAAUGCUCGAAAUAAAAAAAGAUCUGCCAAUAGAACAAGACUAUUUCACUUUUGAAACGAGAAAAAAUAUCUGGAAAUACUAUAGAAAGGGUUUUUUUGUAAUCCCAUAAUAAGAAAUGCUAGAUACCUCUGACUAUAUUCAAGCUAUUUUUCACUUUAUUUUGCAGUGCCAUUAUAUUAAUAAUAAAAAUUCCAGCAUUAUGCGCUUAAAACCUGUGUAGUAGCACAUUUUUAAUCCCAGUGUAAAGUCUUGUAUUUAAGAAGCACAGAAAAGUAAAUAAAAUAUGAAAUAAAGUACAAAUGAAUAUGUUUAUAGAUCAGCUCUUGCAUCUGCAAAUGAUUAUUAUACACAUUUAUUCAGGGCUUGAGGCAAAAUCAUCCCAGAGAGCAGUUUUAUUUCUUUAUGAAUAUAUUUUUGAUUAACUCUAAUAUUCAUGUGCCUGUAUAUUUUCAUAUCAGGAUCGUUGUUGUUUUAACUGCAAGUGUGACAGUAUAAUAUAUAACCUCAGUACAGGCUCAGUUAUGAAAGAUUUAUUAGAUGAUGUUGAGCUGAUGUUUUAUUAGGACAUUUAUGAACAGGUUUAGGUCAUGUGUUUAAAAAAUGGAGUGACUAAAAGUGUUUUUAUUUUCUAGCAGUGUAUUUGUGUGUAGUAAAUGUGUCGACUUAAUCUCUGUAUUCUUGACUUAAUGAAGCGUGUGUGUGUGUGUGUGUGUGUGUGUGUGUGUGUGUGUAUACGAGUUCAUGACUGACAUGUUGGCAUUUAUAUAUGAUGAAAAUAAUGAUGACAAUAAUGAUAAACCCUUUAUAUCCCUCGUGUAGUUUGUACACUGUAAAUAGGCAGAGGUUUAGUCUGAUGAUUAAAACAAGCUAUAAUAAUUUUUAAAAGUGCUUUUUUUUUUUAAGUAAUAAAAAGCCAGUUAAAUGUCUUUUAUUUUUCUUUAUUCCUCAUAUAUUGAGUACAUGGCUGGCGGGUAUUGUACUGUAAACGAUGUUGAAAUAAAUAAAAAUAAAGAAUGAAA